ACAUCUAUUUAUGAUUAGAUAAAAUCUCUUAUCGAAAAAUAAGAUAAUUUCCUAUUGUUUUUGAUCAUAACUGUAACGAGUCUGUUUACUAUCCUCCCUAAAUGAUCAAACGAGAUAUUUAAUUCAGUAUGGGGUAUCACCCUUGACAGCAUGAGCUGAACCUGACAGUUGUCAAAAUCUUCCAUAUUUCGUGAUAUAAUAUUUUCCUUGAAUUGUGUAUGUCCAUUAUUUUAGAGGUAGUUUUUUCAGAAGAUGGAGAAAAACGAAAAUAAUAAACCCAGGGUACGUCGUACGAAAAGUGUGAGCGUUGCUCAAGUUGAUGGAGAAACUAGAAAAGAGCACAGAUUACGAGCUAUUCAGCCUGAUAAACCUGUUCAUCUAUGUAGAGACUCUUUACUUAGUUCUUCCAGUGGGUACACAAACUACAGAGGUUUUCUGAAUUUGUGCAUCAUAUUACUGGUCCUAUCAAAUGCCAGGCUUGUCUUAGAAAAUAUAAUCAAGUAUGGAAUCCUCAUUGACCCUAUACAGUGGUUUAAAGUAUUUGUUCUCAAUCCUACCCAUUCUCCUUCUGUUCUUAUACUUUUAGGUUUACUUGUAAUUCCUUCAAUAUCUUUGGGUAUUGAGAAACUAUUGGCAAAAGGCAUUAUAAGUGAAAAUUUUGGUCUUUUUUGCAUCAUAAUUUUAGUGACUGCUGAAGUUCUAUGCCCACCUGUCGUAGUUUAUUCCACAGAUUGCCAUGCAGAUCGACUUAGUUGUGUGGUUGCUGCAUCAAUUGUUAUGGGAUAUGUCAGCAUUGUGUUUUUGAAAUUGAUAUCUUACCACAUGGUGAAUUAUUGGUGCAGAACAAAUCAUUCUGAUCCAUAUAGGAGAUUAAGAAGACGCAGCGUUUCUUCUGAAAGACAAAGGCACAGAGAUGAUCAAAGUAUUGGUAACAAUGUUCAUGGACCAGAACUUGUCACUUAUCCAAAUAAUCUGAAUUUUAAAGAUAUAUACUACUUUUUAUUUGCACCAACUCUGUGUUACGAGUUAAAUUUUCCACGCUCGUCUCGAAUUCGAAAAAGAUUUCUGAUAAAGCGAGUUUUAGAAAUGAUAUUCCUUAUUCAGCUUAUUUUGUGUUUGAUUCAACAGUGGAUUGUUCCAACAAUUAAUAAUUCUCUUAAACCAUUAGAAGAAAUGGACUAUUCCAGAAUGCUGGAAAGAUUAUUAAAGUUAGCUAUACCAAAUCAUUUUAUUUGGCUACUUUUCUUUUAUUGGUAUUUCCACUCCUCACUUAAUGCCGUAGCUGAAAUACUAAGGUUUGGUGACAGAUAUUUUUAUAAUGAUUGGUGGAAUUCAGAAAACGUUCAAUAUUUCUGGCGAAACUGGAACAUUCCUGUCCACCAGUGGUGUGUGAGACAUUUAUACAUUCCUCUUAGAAAUUGGGGCUAUUCUAAACAAUUUGCUUCAACAGCAGUGUUCUUAUUAUCUGCUUUUUUUCACGAGUACCUUGUUAGUGUACCUCUGAAGAUGUUUAGAGCUUGGGCCUUCUUAGGAAUGCUUGGACAAUUGCCAUUUUCAAGGUUUGUUGAAAAAUACUUGCACAAUCAGUAUGGUAAUAUGGCAGUAUGGAUCUCUCUAAUCAUCGGCCAGCCUCUUUGCAUACUUAUGUAUUACCAUGAUUACUACGUGCUGCAUUAUCAAAAAGCAUAAAAUAUACAAUAUUAUGUUACAGAGCUUUCAUGAAUAUUGUGAUCCAAACAUACCUGUCUCAUUACUGUAUGAAAAGUUGUGUUCCUAUAAUGUUUGUGGUUCUGUGACUUCAGCAACAAUGCUUUGGGUGUUGCCAAAACUGCAUUGGUUUUGUGCAGGGUGGUAUUUGCUCAGACAUCUGACUAAUCCUGUUUGGCUGUUUUACAUGGCUUAAUUUUGUUGAAAAAUUGUCACAAUUUUUCUUGCAUAAUCAUUCUGUAAUUUGAUUCUUUUAAAAAUACUUUUUAUGCCAGAUUUUUCUUUAUCUUGAUUUAAUUUAAAUAGAUAAAUUUAUUUUGCUUAAUGGAAAGGAUUUAACAGAAAAUUAAUGUAAAUAUUUUUUUUUUUUUAUGUUUGUAUAAUAUUCAGAUAUGCUAUAUAAUUAUAAUUAGUAGUUGUAUAAUUAGAUGGUGUUUUAUUUGUGUUUGUGAUAAGUGGUUUAUCCAAAUUUGUUUUUAAAGAUAUGGUGCUUUUAUUGAGCCAAAGACGAUUUUAUCAUAUCAAAUUUUGACAACAAUUUUUGAAUAUUUUAUUUCUUUCAUAUCUUGUGUAUUUCUGUAUGUGUACUGUAUCUGUAUCUUUGGCAUGCUUUUUGUAUCUAUUAUGUUUUGUAAUUUUGUAUGAAUUAAUGUUGAAAGUUGUGAAUAUCUCUCUCAUAAAGAUUUCUGUGAGAGGAAAAUAAUAAUUUAGACAAAUCUUCUAUUUGUUCUUCCCUGAUUUUUUUACCGACAAUUUCCAUUUGAUUUUCAUAAAAUAUUGUAUUGUAAAUAUUUUUACAUUUCUAAAUUGUUUUGAGCUUAUUUACAAAAUAAAUUUUCUUUUAAACAUUAGAGAAUCUUAAAUCAUAGGUCAGUUAUUCCUUCUAACUGAUAACAGUAUAUGAUCAUAUUGCUGUAUAUAAAUGACUUUGCUUUAUUAUGAAAAUAUUUAAAAUCAAAGGGAAAGUUAAUUUAUAGUGAUUAAGAAUAGCUCAAUAAUGCAGGGUUAAAUUACAUCAUCAUCAUAUAGAAUGUGCAUGCAUUAUUAUUUUUUUAAUAAUAAAAUGAAAAAAUAACUCAAUUUUUUUAACAACAACAAAAAAUGCCAAAUUUAUUGUUCAGGAUUAUUAAUGAAUGAUCUGUAAACCAUUUUAGUAAUUUUUAAGCAUUUAAGCUUUUUUUUUUUAUACUUGUGAGGUUUUAGAUUAAUUGUAAAAUAUUGAAAUUGUUUAUAAAAAUAUUAUUCAGAUGUCUUUGAUGUAUGUUAAAUGUAUGUUAGUUAAAUUGUUAUAUAAAAUAAAAUGCAUUUGAAUCUUAUUUAUCUAAAAUUUCACAAUAAUUUUUCUUUAUUGGAAUACUUAAAAAAUUAAAUCUGAAUGCAUUCUUCAGAUAUAACCUUGUAUUGCAAAAUGUUUGUACAGUACAUUCUAUGGUCAUUUAUCAAUUUUAAAAAAAGUAUCUAUCCUUUUAUAUAUGUCUUUUACAUGAUUUUAGAUAUUUAAGAAUAAUUGUCAAAAUAUUCCAUUAAGCUGAUUAAUAAAAUUGUGUAAAGAUUAAAAAAAUCAGGUUUUUACCAGAGUUUCAAAUUUUAAGUCAAUUUUUGGUAUAAAUAAUUAAAUUUAUAAAACUAAUGUGUAUUUGUGUGGUACUGUUGUUGUAAAUUACUCUGUUUCCUUAAAAACACGUAAUUUGAUAUUAUUAUUUCAUUUUGAAAUUGAAUGUUAAUAGAUUACUUAUCAAAUUUUCUUACUUGAUUAUAAAAUUUAAUUUUAUAAAAAUGUUUUAUAUCAAAACAUUCCAUUUUACUUUUCUUAACUAAUGAAAUUUACAUUUUCUGAAUCUGUAAAUCUGAAUGUUUAAUUUUCUUUCUGUGUAAACAGUAAAACUAAGAUGAUAGUAUAUUUAGUUCUUGGGUAAAUUUGAAUAUGGAUAUGUUUCUUGUCUUUGCUUAAAAUGGGUUACUGAUUCUUUUUUGAAUUAAUUUUCAGUGUAAUAUAAUUCUUCGUAUUAUAUAAAUGAUUUAAAAGAUCCACAUUAUUAUGCAUUGAAAAAUAUAACAAUGCAUUAAUACCUAAAUACAAUUUGAAUAUUGAAUUGUUUAAAUGCAAGUUGCUUCAUCUCAUAUAUUGAUGCAAUGGUAAUAGUACAAAUUCGGUCUAGUCGUACAUUUUGUUUUAUGUGUGAAUCCAUUAGUUGUCUCAUGAAAGAAAAAUUAGAAAAGUAAAUGAAGUGAGUAAUAAACAUUUUUCCCUUAAUGUAAUGGUGUUUCAUGGACAUUUAUCUGAAAUAUGUACAUAUUUUUAUGUUUAUAUAAUACAAGAUUGAUUGUAGUUCAGAUACAUUCAAAAUUUUCCAUUUUUCUAUCUUUUGAAAUUUAGAAUUUCUCUCCCCCCCCUCAAAAUAUUAAACUUUAUCAGUUGGUAAAGAAAUAUAUAAAUGCAUUUAUUAAAAUAAUAAACAAACUUAGCUAAAUUUAACACUUAUUUAAAAAUGUUCUAAAAUCAAAGGAACAAUUAUGAAUGGAAACCUAAAUUUUUUAUAAUUUGUAUUUUUUUUUAUUUUUAUUUAUAAAGUUAUUUGAAAAAUAUUUGCAUACAUAGAAUAAUUCGAUGGAUAUUGCUGAAAAGAAUUACAUAUUUAUCUUUCAUCAUUAGAUCUUUUAUUUAAUCUAAAUCUACUUUUUAGUGAAUCUGAAUGUUGAAGAUAAAAAUUAUUUGAGAUUAAACUUUUAAGUAAAGAUUCCAGUUGAGAAUGUCAAGAAUUGAAAUUUUGGAAUUUUGUUGGAGUUCUCAUAUUGAAGAAAGAUUUAACAAUGUGGAUUUUUUAUAAUUUAAAAUUAGGAAAUUGGAUUGGAUUAACUAUUGGAUUUUUUAUAAUUUAAAAUUAGGAAAAAACAGCAUUUUAGAAAUGCCGUUUACAAGGAAGGGUUGACUCAAUAUUUGAAGACCAUUAGGUCACCAAUACUGAACGCUGGUAUUUUGAAGAUUGUUAGACAAAUUCAGAAAGUAAAAGUUGAAAUAACUACAAUUUGAUAGAUCCAAAUAAAAUGGAUUUUUGUAUAUUUAUCUGUAUCAUGUUGAUACUUCAAAUAUGUGAAAUUUUCAUUUUCUGUAAUAGUUUUUAGAAUUGUUGAAAUGAUUAGGAAAUCAUUCCUGAUAAUAUUGUUAUUUCUAAAGAUGUAUAGAAUUUAGUACUAUUUGUUUGAUAAAUGUUACUGACAGUUAUUGAUUUAAUGUUAAUUGCACAUUUUUUUGUACUUGUAGUAUAAUAAUUGCUUUGUGCUGAAAUCAUAGUUAUCUUUUGCUUUUUAUUUGUUACUUCUAAAUGAAUUGACUGUUACCUUGCAUAUAUAAUAUACACAUAUUUUCCAUAACUUUUGUGUAUUAAUAUGAAUUUUGUAUUAAACAGUGUAAUUUUUCUGGGAGUAUCCCUUAAGCUGCUAUGUUUUCUACAUGUUAUUUGUUGAAGUGUUUCAUUUAGUAUCAAUAUUAAAUAUGGCUUUCAUUAUUAAGUAUGGAACUCUGUAUAAUUUUCUGUCAUGUUUUUAGAUAUAUGACAUUAGAGCAUUAUUUAGAAUCAAGUGUAUUCAUAUUUUUAUUCUUAAGUCGAAAGUAUUUUGUUUUGAUAUAAAAGCUCACAUGAACUGCAAGAUUAGGUUAUGUUUUUACAAAGAUUUUUACAAAGUAUUUGUUACUUUUCUGUGAAUUUGAUGCUUAAUUUUAUAUGAUAAAUGGAACCUAUUUAUUAAAAGUGAUCACAAUUUUAAACCAGCAAAUCUCAGUAAUUUAAAAUUAGGUUUAUUCAGAUUGACUUAAUAUAUUAGAAAUCAUAGACCAUAUUAUUGAUUUUAUAGCUUUUCAUCAUGUACAAAUCAUUACAAAUUUAAAUAUUUACAUUAGAUCCUUAAAAAAAAACAAGUUGUCGUUCCUCAGUGUUCUUCCUAACAAUGGCACUUGUUUGUUCCUAAUUUUUAAUUUAUUUUUGUUGAAUGGCUAUGUAAUCAACAAACAAUUUUAGAAUCCCAACCACUUGUUAUAAAUGCCAAAUUUGUUAAGUUUUUAAUAUUUAUAGUGUUGUACUAUUAAUGUUUUGAGUACUUUUGAAUUUGUCUCAUAUUUAAUACAAUUAAAAAGUUAUAAUAUUUCACUGUGGAAUUUUUAUAAAAACAAACAUGUUUUAUUAAAAUAAAAUUGUUAUUUAAAAAAUAUGAAAAAAAAAAUGUUUUCAAUUUUUAUGAACUUUAUAAUGAAUAUAUGUAUUUUAUACAAUUUGUGUUUCCAAAAUUCCUACUAAUGUUGUGUCUGUAUAUCUGUCUCAAAUACUUUUUUUAUUCAUUUUUAUGAAACUUUUAGAAAUAUAAAUGUUAAUGAAAUGAGAAGUUGCCAAAAUAUGUUCAUAAUUUUCUGUCACAAUACUGGAAUUGUAUUCCAGAUGAAAUA